CAACACAUCACAAUUCACAACUACCUCCUCAUCUAUCUGCUCCAUUCACCUAAGUCCACAUUUCAAUUAUACUAUUUUCUCUUUAAAGCCUAAUGAGUAUGAUUGAGUCAUCCAUCUCAAAGACAAUGAUGAUGGAAAAAGUUAUGAGUUCUAGUUGGUCAGAACAAGGGUCAGAAGAUGAUGAGCUUUUAAGAGAGCUUUUAGAUGAUGAGACUCCUCUUUUUAUGUUGCCACAAGAGAGAGUAAAUGAAGUAAGCAACAAUAUGAGUCAUGAUUCUUCAAAAGACCAACCUUUUAAUAGGUUCAUUUCAAAUAUUUAUUCAGGUCCUACUAUUUCAGAUAUUGAAAAUGCUUUGUUUGUUACUAACCAAAGAGAGACUUUUCCACAAAUUUCAUCAACAAGAGUUUCUAUAUUGGAAGGAAGUUUGAGUAAGAUUGAGAAUAAGUACACUUUGAAAAUCAAAUGCUUUGGAAAUGGAAUGGGUGAUGAUGGAUAUAGGUGGAGGAAAUAUGGUCAAAAAUCCAUUAAGAAUAGCCCAAAUCCUAGAAGUUACUAUAGGUGCACCAACCCAAGAUGUAGUGCUAAGAAGCAAGUUGAAAGAUCCAAUGAAGAUCAUGACACUCUUAUAAUCACUUAUGAAGGGCUUCACUUGCACUUUACUUAUCCUUAUUUCCUAGUGGGCCAAUCACAUCAAUCUAGUUCUCAUCCACCAAUCAAGAGGCCCAAGCCCACAUCUUCAAAAGGCCCAACACAAGCCCAUCAAGGAAAUGAUGUUCAUGAAGGCCAGAAUAUGAAUAUACAAGAAGCCCAUGAAGCCCAAGCUAGUGCUUCUUUGGAACUCAUAUCACCACCCACCUUAUUGGACUCUACACAAGAUUUGGCCCAAGAAAAUUUGGGCUCACAAGGGUUGCUUGAAGAUAUGGUGCCAUUCAUGGUUAGGAACCCUACAAACAAUGUUGAUAGUGAUGAUUACUCAGAAUUUUCUUUUUCCUCACAACAUUCUCCUCCAAUGUUAUGGACUUCUGGUUGUUCCACUUCCACCUCUUGUUAUGCCGUUGGUUUAAAUUCUAGUGUUUAGAUUAUACAUAUCUAUAGGUAAAUAUUUGAAAACUCAAUAAUUAUAAUGCUAAGGAGGGUUGUUACAAUUUUAUGUUAAUUUAAUUAUAUCAUGUAAUAUUUUUUUUAUAGGAAAUGUCAUGUAUUAGUAUAGUUUGAAUUUCAUGUUAUUGAUGGAAAAUAUACGUGAUCUAUUUUACAUUUAAUUUUUAAAAAUUAAAUGUAUUUUU